GCAGUAGUAGUAGCAGCAGCAACAGCAGCAGUAGUAGCAGCAGCAGUAGUAGUAGCAGCAGCAGCAGUAGUAGCAGCAGCAGUAGUAGUAGCAGCAGCAACAGCAGCAGUAGCAGCAGCAGCAGUAGUAGUAGCAGCAGUCGCAGCAGUAGUAGCAGCAGCAGCAGUAGUAGUAGUAGCAGCAGCAGUAGUAGUAGCAGCAGCAGUAGUAGCAGCAGCAGCAACAGCAGCAGUAGUAGCAGCAGCAGUAGUAGUAGCAGCAGCAGCAGUAGUAGCAGCAGCAGCAGUAGUAGCAGCAGCAGUAGUAGUAGCAGCAGUAGCAGCAGUAGUAGUAGCAGCAGUAGUAGUAGCAGCAGUAGUAGCAGCAGUAGCAGCAGUAGUAGUAGCAGCAGCAGCAGUAGUAGCAGCAGCAGUAUGUAGUAGCAGCAGCAACAGCAGCAGUAGUAGCAGCAGCAGUAGUAGUAGCAGCAGCAGCAGUAGUAGUAGCAGCAGCAGUAGUAGCAGCAGCAGCAGUAGUAGCAGCAGCAGUAGUAGUAGCAGCAGCAGCAGUAGUAGUAGCAGCAGCAGUAGUAGCAGCAGCAGCAGUAGUAGAGCAGCAGCAGCAGUAGCAGCAGCAGCAGUAGUAGCAGCAGCAGCAGUAGUAGCAGCAGCAGCAGUAGUAGCAGCAGCAGUAGCAGCAGCAGUAGCAGCAGCAGUAGUAGCAGCAGCAGCAGUAGUAGCAGCAGCAGUAGGAGCAACAGCAGUAGUAGCAGCAGCAGUAGCAGCAGCAGUAGUAGCAGCAGUAGCAGCAGCAGCAGUAGGAGCAACAGCAGCCGUCAUCUCGCGGGCUCCGUCUGAGUCGGGGCGACGUCGACCUCGGCUCAUCAUCUCGGGACGCGAUGACGACGGCGAGCGGCGAUGGGUUCGGGUGGACGACUUGGUGGGGCCUGAGCCCGGCACUCGACUUCCAGAUGCAAGACCACAGCAGCAGCAUGGAGGGCCGCAGGGCCGACGGGCCUGACGGCCUGCCCCAGCUGCACGUGCUGGUGGCCGGGGCCUCCGACGGGCGCCACCUCCUCAAGACGGUGGCGCAGGCCCGCCGUUGGCCCCGAGCGCGGAUCCACUUCUACGUCUUGGAGAGCUUCCUGGAGCUGUACGGGAGACAACUGCUGCUCCUCACCCUUGCCCUGGAGGCUCCUCACCGCAUGGGCCUGCAGGAGAAGAGCGAGCUCUUUGUGGAGCUGUUUGGCAACAGCCUGCUGCGUUCGCACACCGCCACCUACCUGCGCCAGCAGGCGCAGCUGCUCGUGGAGGUGGUCACUGACCAGGAGCUGGCUGCCCGCCGGCUGCCCUGGCUCGACUUGUCGGCCCUGAAGUUCAAGGAGCGAGACCGCCUGGAGGGCAUCUUCAACUUCUGGCGGCGGGGCGAGGCGAGCGCCUUCCGUCCGGAGCACCUGUGGGACGCGCGCUGCCGGCGGUACCUGGGCGCACGCUACGACGCGCGGCACGGAGCGUACGACUGGGACCUCGCAAUGAAGCUGCACGAGCGCGGAGCGGGGGUCAUAAGCAGCCGUGAGUACUCGCGCUGGAGGGAGCGGGGAGUGGCGUUCGAGGCCAGGGAGGGCGUCUACGACGUGGCCAACAGGACGCUGGCGUCCGACCUCGUCGUCAGCCAGCGAGGGGAGAAGGUGGUGGCGCGGGGCUACUGGGGGGACAUCGUGACGGGGCCCUUCGUGGCGUUCGGAGUGGACACGGAGGAACGCCGACUACUCAAGACGGCCAACGGGAUCCACACGCACACCUCCCAGGACGUGUCGCUGCACAACCUGACGGCCGCCUUCCACGAGCUGGCCACGGGGCGCCGCUACGCCACCACGCACGAGGCGACAGCAGCCGCCCCCACGGAGGUCACGGAGGAGCAGCAGGAGGUGGAGGAGGUGGAGGAGGUGGAGGAGGUGGAGGAGGGCGAUGGUGGCAAGAGAACGGAGGAAGCAAAGGAGGAUGAGGUGGCGGAGGUGUCAACCGAGGAGGUGGUGGAUGAGCGGGUGGAUGACUUGAAGGAGACAAACGAGGCGGAGAAGGAAGGGGUGGACAAAGCGAAGGACGAUGAGGUUGUGGACGAGGUGGCGGUGGGUGGAACACCUGAGGAUGGGAGUCAACAGGAUCCAGACUGCGACUACAUCAGCAUUGGGGACGUGCGGGUGAGCCUCCUGCCCUUGAACGCGCUGCAGACCCUGCACCUAAAGGCAAAGUUCCGGAAGCUCUUCAACGUCAUCUACUUUGCGAACAGCAUGGUCCACCAUCUGGCGCCCGCCCUGGAGGAGGUGGCGGCAGACAAGGCCACCCUCAUUGUGGAGACCGUCAAGUUCGUGCUGGACCUCAAUGCGAAGGCCGCGGCUGGCUACGUGGAGCGAGUGACGGAGUUGGCCGGGGCGGCCGGCUUCGCUCCGCUUGGCACCUGCGAUGGCACCAAGGACGCGACCGCCCGCUUCCUGCUACGCCCGCAGCAGCAGCAGCAAGCGCAGGAGCAGCCACAGCAGCAGCAGCAGGAGCAGCAGCAGCAGGAACAUCAGGAGCAGCAGGAGCAGCGGCAGCCGCAGCAGCAGCAGGAUGAACAGCAGCUGCAGCAACAGCAGGCACAGCAGCAGGAACAGCAAAAACAGGAACAGCAGGAUCAGCAGCAGGUGCAGCAGUCACAGGAACAGCAGCAGCAGCAGGAGCAGCAGUCACAGGAACAGCAGAAGCAGAAAAAAUCGGAACAGCAAUUGCAGCAAAAACAUCAGCAGCAGCAGCAACAGUAGCAACAAGAUCACCAUCAUCAUCACCAUCAUCACCAUCAUCACCAUCAUCAUCACCAUCAUCACCAUCAUCAUCACCGUCAUCAUCAUCACCGUCAUCAUCAUCACCGUCAUCACCAUCAUCAUCACCAUCAUCAUCAACACCAUCACCACCACCAUCACCAUCAUCACCAUCAUCACCUAUAGCUGAGCCCACAGCCAGCGGGAGAGUCGAAAGCAGCUGACACUGACCCCGAGUCACCCUGACACUGACCCCCAGAGUGACCUUGACACCGACUCCAAGUGACCUGGACACUCACCCCGAGUGACCCUGACAUUGACCCAGAGUGACCUUGACACUGACCCUGAGUGAUCCUGACACUGACCCCGAGUGACCCUGACCCCGAGUGACCCUGACCCCCGACCGGCGUGGUGAAGUAUGGUCAAACAAGGGCCCCGGGGGGGGGGGGGGGGGAAGGCCUUCCGCCCAGCGGUGGUCGUUGGGUGUCGUGGCGAACAUUGUUUGUGUGCGCGCCACUCUCGUGUUGGCCACGCGGCAAACCCUUGGGACCAGCCGCGUGGCAAACCGCGGGUCGGCGGUUUUCUUGUUUUGCGCGCAGGCAAUCUGCCGCUGCUGCUGCUACUACAGCUGCGUGGUUUAGGUGACGAACCUUACCGGCUGUUGCUUCGGGUGGUGGCGGGUUUAACAACACGAUUUAUAUAUUUACGAGAUCUCACCCAAAAAGCCUCUAUUAUGGAUGAUAUUGGUCGCGAAAGCUUGCUACGUGUUAAAUGAGGAGACAUAACAAUGGGGGAUUACCCUUCUCUGUGUUCAGAUGUCCAACUAUUCUUAGGUUUUUUUCCUGUAAAGUCACGUAGGUAAAAAAUUAAAAUUAAUAAAAGUAAAAUAAAAACAGCGUGCUUCAGCCGCACCGAACCUCACAAUAAUAAUAUCCAGGGCCUACCUUGGCUCCUCCCACCCUCAACCAGUAUAUAUACAAAUACUGUGUUCUUGGAAUUUUUCUCACUUGAUACAGCAAUCGUGCUGUGACGGUUCCACCUGAAGACGGAAGCUUGUGUUGCCUCCGAAAGGUCGUGAUUUUUAUUUUAUUUUAUUAAUUUUAAUUUUUUAGCUACGUGACUUUACCGAAAAAACCUAAGAAUAUGAAUCCUUGCAGUCACGAAAGCUUCAAAUCUAAGAUGUCCAAACACCAAAUGGAUUCUAUCAAGUCACAGCGUCAACCACCACAGGCUACUUGCGGUAAACAUGCACACACGCAUGCCGUGAUAGCAGAUGCGGCAUCGUCUUUGAGACUGUUUGACCUACCCCAGAGGCAGCAGCAGCCUUCUGUUUGGCCUCGUCACGCCAGCAGUGUCAGGCCAGAGAAGGACGCCAAAAGACGAACGGCACCAGGACAAUGCCACUCUCAGGGAAUUUGUAGCUCGGCGUGAGCAGCUACAGCAUGGGAUACCUUCUACUGGGAGGAACCUCCUGGUUACGCCAGCCCACAGGGGAUUAUUGUGUCCGUCCGUCCGUCGUGGAUCCAAAAAUGGGAGGGGUGGGGCUGGGUGGGGA